UUGUGAAACUGAGGUCGGAAAUUAAGAAAACCAUCAACGGUAUCGGGUUUGACAUGGCAGAGGAAGGUAAUGGGUCUCCUACUACUGUUCCCCAAAACUUCGGCGAUGGGUCCCCUACUGGAGUUUUUUGUGACCAGCCAACAACGAGCGAAACGACUUUGGUCAGACAACCGAAAUCAACAGCUGAUGAAAAGCCCUACAUGUGUGAGGAGUGUGGGUACAGGACAGCCAGGGAGUCUCACUUAUCCCAACAUAUGAGAACACACACAGGAGAAAAACCAUUCAAGUGUGACCAGUAUGACUAUUCUGCUGCGCAAAAAUCCAGUUUGGACCUACAUCUAGCCAAACACACAGGUGAUAAGCCCUACAUGUGUGGGGAGUGUGGGUACAGGACAGCUAAGAGGUCUCAUUUAGCUGAACAUAGGAGAAUUCAUACCGGUGAAAAACCAUUCAAGUGUGAGCAGUGUGACUAUUCUGCUGCACAAAAAUCCAGUUUGGACCUACAUCUAGCCAGACACGCCGGUGAGAAACCCUACAUGUGUGGGGAGUGUGGGUACAGGACAGCUGCGAAGUCUCAUUUAUCCCAACAUAUGAGAACUCACACCGGUGACAAACCCUACAAGUGUGGCCAGUGUGACUAUUCUGCUGCACAAAAAAACACUUUGGACCUACAUCUAGCCAGACACGCCGGUGAGAAACCCUACAUGUGUGGGGAGUGUGGGUACAGGACAGCUGCGAAGUCUCAUUUAUCCCAACAUAUGAGAACUCACACCGGUGACAAACCCUACAAGUGUGACCAGUGUGACUAUUCUGCAGCAAGGAAAUGCCAUUUGGACCAACAUCUAGCUAGACACACCGGUGAAAAGCCAUACAUGUGUGGGGAGUGCGGGUACAGGACAGCUUGGAAAUAUGCCUUAUCCCUACAUUUGAGAACUCAUACCGGUGAAAAACCCUACAAGUGCGACCAGUGUGACUAUUCUGCUGCACAAAAAAACACUUUGGACCUACAUCUAGCUAAACACACUGGAGAUAAACCCUACAUGUGUGCGGAGUGUGGGUACAGGGCAGCUCAGAAAUCUGCCUUAUCCCAACAUAUGAGAACUCAUACUGGUUACAAGCCGUACAAGUGUGACCAGUGUGACUAUUCUACUGCACGAAAGUCCCAUUUGGACCAACAUAUUGCCAAACACACUGGUGAGAAACCUUACUUGUGUGAUGAAUGUGGAUACAGGACAGCUCGGAAAUAUUCCUUAUUCCAACAUAUGAGAACUCAUACCGGUAACAAACCCUACAAGUGUGACCAGUGUGACUAUUCUGCUGCAUAGAAGUCCGCCUUGAACCGACAUCUAGCCACGCAUACUGGUGAAAAUCCCUACAUGUGUGGGGAGUGUGGGUACGACCGGUGUGACUAUUCUGCUGCACAGAAAUACAAUUUGGACCAACAUCUAGCCGUACACACCGGUGAGAAACCCUACAAGUGUGGGGAGUGUGGGUACAGGACAGCUCAGAAAUCUAACUUAUUCACACAUAUGAGGAGAACUCAUACUGGUGAAAAGCCCUAGAAAUGUGACCAGUGUGACUAUUCUACUGCAGUAAAAUCUGCAUUGAAACAUUGUAAAACACACCGGUGAACAACACUACAUGUGUAAGGAAUGUGAUUUCGGAACAUCUAAGAAGACUCCUUUAUCCUAACUGAUAGUUUACCAGAGUUGUAUGUCAUCUAGCUGUUAAAAAAACUACAAUAUAUAGAAAUCAUCUUCUAGGAGCUUAUAUUAUAUAUAUCAUGAUGUAUAUACAUCAUGCAUGUAAGAAGAACACUUUACUUUGAGAAUAGCCACCUCACAGUUACGAGCGUGCAUAUGCUGUAGUGAUGUCACCUGUUUUCAAAGUUCUAUAUCCGUCCCGUGUUUGUAUUAAGGCAACGGCCUUCAGCAUUUUGAAGCCUCUGUAACCUUAAGUUGUGUGGAGUUUCCUGAGAAAGGCGGUUAUGCCGACAGACACUUGAGUCAGAUUUGAGUCUUGAAGAUGUCCAGGUGGAAGAUAAGGCGCCCUCCGCGGGAAAGUCGUUCCAGUCUUUGACAGUACGCGGGGGAAAUGACCUCAGUGUACUACUUAGAGUGGCUUGGUUUGCGGUCAAAUACAUAUGGCGGGAACACCAGGCUGUUUGACUAAGUUGGGGCUUGUCUUGUGAAAUCAGCUUCUGUGAUAUGA